GCGAUGCCGCGCGCGCCCAGGUGCCGGGCCGUACGCGCCCUGCUGCGGGGCCGCUACCGCGAGGUGCUGCCACUAGCGACCUUCAUGCGGCGCCUGGGGCCCGAGGGCCGGCGGCUCGUGCGGCGCGGGGACCCGGAGGCCUUCCGCGCGCUGGUGGCCCAGUGCCUGGUGUGCGUGCCCUGGGACUCGCAGCCGCCCCCCGCCGCCCCGUCCUUCCGCCAGGUGUCCUGCCUGAAGGAGCUGGUGGCCAGGGUCGUGCAGAGGCUCUGCGAGCGCGGUGCGCGGAACGUGCUGGCCUUCGGCUUCGCGCUGCUGGACGGGGCCCGCGGCGGGCCGCCCGUGGCCUUCACGACCAACGUGCGCAACUACCUGCCCAACACGGUGACCGAGACGCUGCGCAGCAGCGGCGCAUGGGGGCUGCUGCUGCGCCGCGUGGGCGACGACGUGCUUACCCACCUGCUGGCACGCUGCUCACUCUACCUGCUGGUGGCCCCGAGCUGCGCCUACCAGGUGUGCGGGCCGCCGCUCUACGAUCUCUGCACCACCGCCGCGGCUCGGCCUGCCUCGUCUCCCUGCCGCCGGCCCACGCCACACGCGGGCGAGAGCCGGACGGGCCUCCGACCCACGCGCCAGACCUGGAACGGCGGCGACGUGGGGGCCAGGGGACCCCCAGGGCCACCAGCCCGGAGCGGGAGGCGGCGUCGGGUCAGCUCUGGGGGAAGUCCACCUCCAGCCAAGAGGCCCAGGCGUGGCCUAGCUGGGGAGCCGGAGCAGGGGCCCGUCGGGCAGGUGUCCCGGGCGCACCUGGGCAGGGCACGUGGGCCAAAUGACACCGAUCCCCACGUGGUGACACCUAGAGAAACCGCCGUGGAAGCCGCGUCUUGGGAGGGCGAACCGCCGAGGACCCGUCUCCCCGUCCCCCCUCUGCACCGAGAGCGCGAGGCCGGCUCCCCACCCACGCGGCGGUCACCGCGGCCCCGGGGCGCACACGAUCCCCGAGUGUAUGUCGAGACCAAGCACUUCCUCUACUGCUCUGGCGGCAAGGAACGGCUGCUCCCUUCCUUCCUGCCCAGCUGCAUGCAGCCCAGCCUGGCAGGGGCCCGGAGACUCGUAGAGACCAUCUUUCUGGGCUCGAAGCCCGGGCGGCCAGGGCCUUCCCGCAGGACGCGCCGCCUGCCCGCGCGUUACUGGCGGAUGAGGCCCCUGUUCCGGGAGCUGCUUGGGAACCAUGCGCGGUGCCCCUAUGGCGCGCUCCUCAGGACGCACUGUCCGCUGCGGGGCGUGGCCACCCCAGCAGGGUCCGCUGACCAGGGGUGCGGUGGAGUGGGCGUCAGCGCCCGGGAGAGGCCAGCGGCGGCCCCGGAGGAGGACGCAGGCCCGCGGCGCCUUGUCCAGCUGCUCCGCCAGCACAGCAGCCCCUGGCAGGUGUACGCGUUCCUGCGGGCCUGUCUGUGCCGGCUGGUGCCUGCUGGCCUCUGGGGAUCCAGGCACAACGAGCGCCGCUUCUUGAGGAACGUGAAGAAGUUCGUCUCUCUGGGGAAGCACGCCAAGCUCUCCUCGCAGGAGCUGACCUGGAAGAUGAAAGUGCAGGACUGCGCCUGGCUGCGGAGCCCAGGGGCCCACUGUGUCCCAGCCUCAGAGCACCGGCUGAGAGAGGCGGUCCUGGCCAAGUUCCUGUGCUGGCUGCUGGGCACGUACGUGGUCAAGCUGCUUAGGUCAUUCUUCUACGUCACAGAGACCACGUUUCAGAAGAACCGGCUCUUCUUCUACCGGAAGAGUGUCUGGAGCCAGUUGCAGAGCAUUGGGAUCAGACAACACUUCGAGAGGGUGCAGCUUCGAGAACUGUCGGAAGCGGAGGUCAGGCGACAUCAGGAAGCCAGACCCGCUCUGCUGAUGUCCAGACUCCGCUUCGUCCCCAAGCCCAGUGGGCUGCGGCCAAUCGUGAACAUGGACUACGUUGUGGGGGCCAGAACCUUCCAUAGAGACAAGAAGGCCCAGCAUCUCAUCUCGAAGGUGAAGACGCUGUUCGGCGUGCUGAACUAUGAGCGGGCGCGGCGCCCCGGCCUCCUGGGGGCCUCCGUGCUGGGCCUGGACGACAUCUACAGGGCCUGGCGUGCCUUCGUGCUCCGCGUGCGGGCCCAGGACCCAGCGCCUCUGCUCUACUUUGUCAAGGUGGACGUGACGGGGGCAUAUGACGCCCUCCCUCAGGACAGGCUGGCGGAGGUGAUCGCCAACGUGAUCAGGCCCCAAGAGAACAUGUACUGUGUGCGCCAGUACGCCGUGGUCCGGAGAACUGCAGACGGACACUUCCGCAAGUCCUUCAAGAGACACGUGUCUACCUUCACGGACCUCCGGCCCUACAUGAGACAGUUCGUGGAGCAUCUGCAGGAGAUGAGCUCACUGAGGGAUGCCGUGGUCAUCGAGCAGAGCUCCUCGCUGAACGAGGCCGGCAGCAGCCUCUGCGAUUUCUUCCUGCGCCUGGUGCACAACCACGUCAUCAGGAUUGGGGGCAAGUCCUACGUCCAGUGUCGGGGGAUCCCCCAGGGAUCCAUUCUGUCCACUCUCCUCUGCAGCUUGUGCUACGGAGACAUGGAGAACAAACUGUUUUCUGGAAUUCAGCGGGACGGGGUGCUCCUGCGCCUGGUGGAUGACUUCCUGUUGGUCACCCCUCACCUGACACAAGCGAGAGCCUUUCUCAGGACGCUGGUCAGAGGCGUACCCGAGUAUGGCUGCGUGGCGAAUUUGCGGAAGACGGUGGUGAACUUCCCUGUGGACGGCGGCGCCCUGGGCGGCGCGGCCCCCCUCCAGCUGCCGGCCCACUGCCUGUUCCCCUGGUGCGGCUUGCUGCUGGACACUCGGACCCUGGAGGUGUUAGGUGUUCUGCGACUACUCCAGUUACGCCCGGACCUCCAUCAGAGCAAGCCUCACCUUCCAGCAGGGCUUCAAGGCCGGCAGGAACAUGCGUCGCAAGCUCUUCUCGCUCUUGCGGCUGAAGUGUCACGGGCUGUUCCUGGACCUGCAGGUGAACAGUCUCCAGACGGUCUUCACAAAUGUGUUCCAGAUGUUCCUGCUGCAGGCCUACAGGUCCCAGGUGGCGGUGGGAGGCCAGCGUGGCCCGGGGCGUCCCGGCAGGACACGGCUCCCUGACAGCCCAGCCACCAUUCCUGCCCCACAAACUGGCCCGUGCUGAGGCCCAGCUGUGCUUCUGGAACAUUCCAGGACAUCCCCUGUCCCUGGUGGUCCGCAGCCCCCCUGCCGAGGACUGGGGCGCAGGUGGGAGAUUGUACGGCGUCGUUUGGGGUGCUUUCCUAAGUCUUUGCUGGGAAAACGUUCCCACCUUCAGGCUGUGCCCCUCGGGAGGAUGGACGCCCGUCCUUCAUUAACCAGGUCACCUUGCCCGCCCGGCCUCGGGGACACAAAGCCGAGCUUUGCUCUCUGGGGUCUCCAGGGGAGACCUGCGCCCGGGCAGCUCCAGGAGGCAGCCAGCUUCCCAGGACUUUCUCUGGGGAAGUCAAGCCGUGGUCGCGGGGCUGGACGAGGGGCAGUAGCGUCUCCCGGGUGAUGGGGAGCCCAGUGUCUGUUCAGAGCCUUUGAGAGUUCGCGUCAUCCAGGGUUGUGUAUUUGUUGUGAGACAAGGUUGUUGUCUCUCGCAGGAGCUGAGUGGGGCUCACGGAGCAAAUUCCUCCUAAAACGUCACGCCAGGAAAGCUACUUUAGCCCCAGAGCCCCUGUGUUUCGAGGGCCGCUCGUGGGCUUCGUCCGUCCACCUCUGUGUCCUGGGAGGUGUGGAGCCCGCUCGCCCAGUCCAGGCCUCCCUCAGUACUCGGGGUCCCCCAGCUCUUCGUGGUCGUAAUUAUUCCUUCAUCGCGUCUUCCUAACCACGUCCCCGUCCCCUCGUGUGUCAGCUGCCUCUGCGCCUCUCUGGACAUGUGCUCAGCGUGUAAACGUUGAGUGUGCCCGUGUGCCGCUCCCAGCUGAAGACUGGGGGUGGCUGUGACACCUGCUUGCUUCUUGGGGCCCCUCCGGGGGUGAGCCGAGCAGCAGGCGAUGCUUCCAAGGCCCUGGGGAACCGCGUCACCUCACCUCGCCCUCAUGUCCCCACUAGUGGACCCCUUGCUUGUGGGGCCCUGGUCCUGGACACCUGCCCUCCAGGGGACGUUGCAGAGACCUGGGUUCAGAGGAGGCACCCUUCCGCAGCUCCCCGCUCCUCGGUCAGGGCUGCUCCCCGCUCCUCCGUCAGGGCUGCUCCCCGCUCCUCGGUCAGGGCUGCUCCCCGCUCCUCCGUCAGGGCUGCUCCCCGCUCCUCGGUCAGGGCUGCUCCCCGCUCCUCCGUCAGGGCUGCUCCCCGCUCCUCCGUCAGGGCUGCUCCCCGCUCCUCCGUCAGGGCUGCCACACGCUCCUCCGUGAGGGCUGCUCCCCGCUCCUCCGUCAGGGCUGCCACACGCUCCUCGGUCAGGGCUGCUCCCCGCUCCUCCGUCAGGGCUGCUCCCCGCUCCUCCGUCAGGGCUGCCACACGC